GUUCGGUCAUGUUCGAUGUCCUACGGCAAUUUCAUGUUCCUUUCUCUCCUCACUCGGUGUCCAUCAGCCACGCGAGUGUGAGCUCCGCGCGUAGUCCUUGCUUUUCGUCAGACACCGGCGAUGCGUGUGGUGCGCCAAUUUCAGUUCUUAUGUAAAAGCGGCGCUGUGCGUGGUGGUGACAGGGACGUGCUUUGGAUGGGUAACUCCUAACCUCCUGACCCUUCUGGGUCCAGAAAGCCCCGUGCCCAUGACGACCUCCCAAGCGUCCUGGAUGAUCGCACUUCUGGAGUUCGGCAACCUCUUCACUCCUAUCCCGGCCGGAUACCUCGCAGACUACUACGGCCGGAAACCACUCAUCCUGUCCACCGGCCCGCUUUACAUCAUCAGCUGGAUCGUCAUCUACAACGCGCACACCAUCGCCGUCCUCUGCAUCGCUAGAGUGAUACAAGGGCUCGCGCUCGGAAUCGUCUACACCGUUGUGCCGAUGUACCUUGGGGAGAUCCCUAGCCAGAACUUUCGAGGCACCACCACGAGUGUCUUUCAAAGUGCUUUUUACUUCGGAUUUCUAUUGGAAUACUGCAUCGGGCCUAUCGUAUCCUACAAGAUAUCGAUAGCUGUCAGCGCGGCCCUGCCACUGAUUUCUCUCAUCUGCUUCCUGCGUCAACCCGAAACACCGUACUAUUAUCUGAUGUGCGGGAGAGAAGAAGAGGCCGCCAACAGUCUGGUCUGGCUCCGGGGUAAACGACAACCGGAGGAAGUGAAGGACGAGUUGGAAGUGAUGGUCGCCAACGUGAGGAGUGAGAUGGCGAACCGGGCCAGCUGGAGGGACGUGAUAGGGACUCCAGCUGAUAAGCGAGCCUUGCUGAUCGUCAACGUUGUCGGCGCCGUCAAGAUCCUGAGCGGCUCAGUUGCCGUCCCGACCUACUGCACCCAGCUGUUUCGACUCACCGGCUUCGACGCGGUAUCUCCUGACGUAAUAACUAUCAUAAUGGGCUCUGUAAUUUUUACUUCUAGUUUUUUCAGUACUACUUUAACUGAUUUCACCGGAAGAAAACCUCUCCUCUUGACAUCUUCUGUGGGUUGUGCCUUCAGUUUGUUCACAGUGGGGGUCUAUUUUUUCUUGCGUGAAAAGACCGAGCUGGACGUCGAACACCUAAAUUGGAUAUGCCCUCUCGCGAUAAUCCUUUACUGCGUGUUUCUUGCGUUUGGACUUGAUCCCGUAGCGAUGACCUACCGCUCUGAGAUGUUCCCUGCCAACACGCGGGCCGUGGCCGCGAGUCUCAACAGUAUAAGUUUCACUAUUGGGUCCUUCAUUUCCCUGAAAAUGUACCAAGUAGUAUCGGAUACCGUUGGCGUCUAUAGUGUCUAUUUUGGAUCCGCCCUGGUCUGCUUCUUAGGGUCCCUGUGGAUGUACUGCAUCACUAUAGAGACGAGAGGUCGGUCCCUGUCAGACAUCCAGAGAGAGCUCCGCGAGGGGGCGGAGCGUAGGAAGCAAAAGGCUGAAAAAAGAGUGAAUGUCAAAGAUAUGGAUGAGGGCGUAUACAGACUAGGAUGUAUGGACACAAUAUAACCACGACUGGAGUAAAGUCAUGGUUAAAAAUAUGUGGCCACACGUAUCAGUCAGUCUGUAUACGCCCUCAUCCAUAUCUUUGACAUUCACUCUGCCAUAGCGUAUACGAUACUUCUCAAUGUGUAUACGCUAUGACAGAGUGAAUUUCAAAAAAGCUGGAAAAAGAGUGAAUGUCAAAGAAAUGAACGGGGUCGUAUACAGACAGGAAAUUAUGGACACAGUAUAACCACGACUGGAGUAAAGUCAUGGUUAACGUUAUGUGGCUACACAUUUCAGUCAGUUUGUAUACGUCCUCAUACAUAUCUUUGACAUUCACUCUAACAUAGUGUAUACAAUAUUUUUCAAUGUGUACAGAAUAGGAUGUAUGGACACAAUGAAACCACGACUGGUGUAAAGACAUGAUUAAAGUUUUCUGACCACACGUAUCAUUCUCUAUACGCCCUUGUGACAGUCACUCUGUCAUAGCGUAUACAGUACUUCUCAAUGUGUGUACUAUAUGACAGAGUGAAAUGUCAAAGAAAUUGAUGAGGACAUAUACAUACAGACUGAUACAUGUGGUCACAAUAUAACCAAAAGUGAAUGUCAAUUAGUUGAAAAAGUGUGAAUGUCAUUCACUCUUUUUCCAGCUAAUUGACAUUUACUCGUAUACAGACUGAUACGUGUGGCCACAUAUCUAGUGUGGUCACAAUAUAACUAAGAGUAAAUUUCAAUUAGCUGACAAAAGAGUGAAUGUCAAAGAAAUGGAUGAGGGCGUAUACAGACUACGAUGUACAGACACAGUGUAACCACAACUGGAGUAAAUUCAUGGUUAAAGUUAUGUGGUUACACGUAUCAGCCGGUCUGUAUACGCCCUCAUACAUAUCUUUGACAUUCACUCUACCAUAGCAAUACUUUUCAAUGUGUACAGAAUAUGAUGUAUGGACAAAUAUAACCACGACUGAUAUAAAGUCUGGUGUAACUUUAUUAUGUGACCACACGUAUCAUUCUGUAUACAGGUACGCCGUCAUACAUAUCUGUGACAUUAACAGUAACAGUCAACUCUGUUAUAGCGUAUACGCAGUGAGAAGAUUAGUAUAUAUUUCAUUAUUGUUUGUAAUAUGUCCAUAUCUAGACAAGCAGGUGAUAUGAGGCUAGUAUCUGCGAUUAAAUAUAACACAAGACUAUAUUAAACUGCAGGAUCUAUUACUCAAUUGUAGUUCUAUGCAUAUCACUCAUAAAUCUUUCAGCAAAUGUCAGUCGGUAGCAAAGUCUGAGUCUAAAUACGGUAACAUAACAAUAGAAUUUACUUCAAGUGAUGCUACCGUAUUUAGACGUCUUAAGUCAAACAUUUUCGUACGGGCUAUAAUGGAUUCAUUAGUGACAACUGUUGCCACCUUAACAUCACAAAUUGGUCAUGCAGGACUAGAGUUUGAUACAGUAUGAUACAAGCAAUAAAAAACAAAAAAGUUCAACAAGCUACUCCUAAAGACAAAUUAGAUUAUGUAUAUGGUUACCAUUGCUGUAGACUUAAUUUGUGCAAAUCCAUGUCGGGUCACUGAAAUGAUAUUAUUUUCAAAACGGUGUUAACGGGAAACAUCAGAGCGCUGGCCAUUGUUACGGGAUCUAGUCCAAACGCAAGAAACUGAUUUUAUUUUCCUGGCUAUAACAGGAUUUUCAUACAUUGCAAGGAUGGUAACUAAUGUACAACAGAUGGUUUCAACAACAGAAGCAAUAACAGCGAUGAGUUGCAUCAGGAUAGGAUGAGAUAAUCACAAUGAAAAAACCCCUGAAACAUCCAGUAUUAAUAAAUUUCACACGUGAAUUCAACUGGAGGCGAACCGCGAGUAAAUGAACGGAAGAGAGGUUUUCCAUCAGUCACAUCAAUUAAAGCCAAUUAUAUAAACAAACUGUACUAAAUUAAAAUUUUUUGUAGUACAAUUAACUUAAACUUAAAUUUAAAAACUAAUAAAUUGUAUCCAAUUAUUAUAUAUAUAGUGCUCUUUGAAUAAUUUCUAGUCUUAUAAUGAUAUGUUUUGAUCUUGAAAUAUAAACAAUGAUUUCAAGUAUUUAUAUUUAUUUUAAACUAGAUUAGCACUAAAAUAAUGCUAGUAGAAUAACUGUGAUAUUAUUGAUUAAUCGCAUUCAAACCAAAAAUUUACUUUUAUAAACGGCGCUUUUAUAAACGGACAAAAAUGUACUUACUUUAUAAAAGUACAUUUUUGGUUUUAAUGCGAAAACUUAUAAAGUUUUGUACGUUUAUACGUUUGUAACUCAUUGAUGACAUAAAUGAAAUCUUGACAUUUUAACUAAAUAAAUAGUCAAAUGAAAAAAUA